UGUACAUGUUCAUUAACUUCCGGAUGUAUGGUGGAUUCGAGAUUCGGUGGCAAUGCAUGCUACUGUCCUUAGAAAAGGAGAAAACAUAAAAAUAGUACAAUGCAUCUCAUGCUGUGAUAAAUAUCACUGCCCAUUUUGCAAAACCUGGGUCUACAAACCAGUGGACUUGUACAGUGUCAAGAAAAAUGUGGAGGAUCAUCUGAAAACAGCUGUUCAGGAAGAAGAUUUUAUUAUCAUCAGGUGCAACUUAAAAUGCAGAGAUGUUUCUCAUUUUCAUUGCUGCUACUGUUCUGCCACUAUUAUACGAAAAGCACAAUUUAACAUUCAUCUCACAAAAUGCAAACAAAAGAAGCAAAAGAUUCCGUCUCCACAAAGAACUGCAACACCCAUGGUUCUGAUUGGUAAUACACCUCUGCCUUCAGCGUCUGCUCAGACAGCACCCUUACUUCAACCUCAGCCUUCACCAAGUGAACCACACACGUCUGUGUCUCCCACACCCAGUACUCCAUUGUAUCAACCGAAAAUAUUUAAGGGACCAGAACUUCCAUCUCCUUUGAGUACUUUUACACCUCUGCCUUCAGCGUCUGCUCAGACAGCACCCUUACUUCAACCUCAGCCUUCACCAAGUGAACCACACACGUCUGUGUCUCCUAAACACCAUGUCCGAACUGGAUCAAAACAAAUCAGGGAGAAAUGUAUUCACUGUGGAAUUAAGGUUAAUAAGAAAAACCUACGGCUCCACAUUAAAAGAAAACAUACAGAUGUGAAACAAAUGAUCACAUCUGAACGUCACUUUCUUAGUCAGUGCAUCGACAGUGAGAAUGGUAUUUUUGCUGUUCAAAAAUCUUUCUUUGGGCCAUCACUGCCAAUACAGGUCCUUUUCAAAUAUUAG